AUGGCAGGAACAGGUACAAUAACCUCCAUCAGUGCUUUUUUUGACCGUCAUCGGACUGCAUGUUUCCUGCGACAGGUUUUGCAUGAAAGAGGUGCUGGAGAUGCAAAAGUUGGCAAGGCCAGGGACUCUGAGAUAGAGGUGUUUAAAUACUUGUCUACGCAUUCUGCGGGGCUAAGAAGUAGGGAACAAAUUCAAAAUAUUUGCGAAGCACUGAAGCCCUUCGAUCUAACGCAGCCUGAGAUCCUGCAACUGGUGAACCUGAGGCCCACCAACAUUGUGGAAAUUCAUCUAAUUGUUCAGGAAUGUGAGGCACGGUUGGACGAGGCAAGAAUAGAGGAAUUGCUGCUGAUCGUUAAGCAACAUUUGGGUCCUUAG